GGGAAGACAGAACGGAAGGCAGUUAGCUGACUGGCCAGCAAGCAGACAGGCUAGCUCUUUAGCAUAGUGCCAAAUUUCUAAACAAUUUAUUGAUAAAUUGCCUCGUCAUACGUAAGACGCAGUUUCUCUUCUUGUUGGUCACACUACGGGAAGCCUUAUUUUCUUUGUUAAAGUCCGAAUCGAGGCAUUGUUCAGUAAAAAUCUAACCCAACGAGUUAAGCUCUUGCGAGCUAACUAGCUAACGCAACUAGCUUCCGUGAACAAUAACAGCUAGUUAGCUCCCGGCUCCGUCACGGUGAAGAAGUCGCCUCUUUUUCGUGAGGUUCAAUCUAAAACUGUGGAAAAAUGACCUCCAGGAAGAAAGUGCUCUUGAAAGUCAUCAUUCUUGGAGACUCUGGUGUUGGAAAAACCUCCCUAAUGAACCAGUAUGUGAACAAAAAGUUUAGUAACCAGUACAAAGCAACAAUAGGAGCAGAUUUCCUGACCAAGGAGGUAAUGGUGGACGACCGGCUUGUUACAAUGCAGAUCUGGGACACAGCUGGCCAAGAGAGGUUUCAGUCUUUGGGUGUGGCGUUCUACCGUGGAGCAGACUGCUGUGUGUUGGUGUUUGAUGUGACUGCACCCAAUACCUUCAAGACACUCGACAGCUGGAGGGAUGAGUUUCUAAUCCAGGCCAGCCCUCGAGACCCCGAGCACUUCCCCUUCGUGGUGCUGGGCAACAAGAUCGACUUGGAGAAUAGACAGGUGACGACUAAAAGAGCUCAGGCUUGGUGUCAGAGUAAAAACAACAUCCCCUACUUCGAGACCAGCGCCAAAGAAGCCAUCAACGUAGAACAAGCAUUCCAGACAAUUGCACGCAACGCCCUCAAACAGGAGACAGAGGUGGAGCUGUAUAAUGAGUUCCCAGAGCCCAUAAAGCUGGGCGGGAACGACAGAGCUAGACCUUCUCCAGAAAGCUGCAGCUGCUGAGAGCCAACCUUGGACCAUCUUCUCCCUCAGCUUUUUCUGAAACGCCCUGUCAUCACCUUGUUCCAUCAACAUCACCCUCGCUCCCAGGGAAACGACUUCCCUUCUGGUCUUCCUCUCACACUGCUCAUUCCAUUGACACGCUGCACAUGGAUGUAUGUCCCCCACCACCACCACCACCACCAUUUAUUACCCAAAUUAACACACUAGACCACUUACUUAAAAUGAUGACAAAUCCAGUGGUGUAAGAUCACAGAAAAGAAGAGAAACAACCCUCCUGACCUUGUAUCCAAUGACUUGUUAGCAAUCGAACUCCUGUCCUGCACUAUAUUUGUCAGGCAUGACUCACACUGAGAGGGCAAGAUGGAGCCAUGUUCAAAGAGUGCGAUUGGGAACUCUGGAUGGACUGGCUGAUGCUCUGUAUUGUGAGACGAUAUUAGCUUAUCUCAAGAAACCUCAUCUCAAAUAUCUAAUCCCCUGCUUUCUGUUUGUUUUCUUUUGUCCUCUUAGAAAUAAUCCAUAGAACAACAUAUGUUUUAUUUGGCUGUUAUUUCCAAGCCAAUCUGAAACAUGUUUAUUUGCACUUUUGAUUUGUUUUUGCCUUUAAAUGUUAAAGAGGGGCGAGUGAUUUUUGGGCAACAUCUCCUAUUAUGCCUUUAUGUUAAGCUAUAGAUUUCUACUUGCUUUUUCCCCUCUUUCAAGUAUCUCCUGAGAAUCAUUACAACAAUCUGGUGAUUGUAUUGCCUUUUCACUUCAGGAUUAGGAUUUAAAACUGCCUCACACACUGCUGGAACAUAUGUUACUGUGUUAAAUAAAAGCUGAUAAGGCAGUCACCGUGUAAAAUGUUAAUUUGUUGAUAUAUAAAGUUUGCCUUUAAUGCAACAUUUCUUGUACUGCUACUCUUACUGCUGUAUGUUAUGUCCUCCUCAGACAUCUCAGUGCUAAACCAUACGCGUCACCAACACUGCGUACACUUGUCUUCUGUCAUGUCUCUGUUGUUGCUGUUCUAUCUAUCCGCUUGUAGCUCAGGUUGGCUAAGUACUUAAAAAUUUUUAAUGAAUUGUGUAUCACGGUGUAUAGAUGGUAAAGAACUGAAUUAAAAAAAAUCUGUUACUUCUUUCCAUUUAAAGAAAAUAUUCAACCAUUUGCUCUUGUAUUACUCUUUGUUUUCCUUACAGAAAGCAUUACUACAAUGCCAAUAAUGUUGUAAAAGAAAAUUUGAAUGUCAAAUAAUAAAAUUCUUGAAUAUAUCAA